CUGUACGAGGAUUGCCGGAUGGUGGCUGUGAAUGCCCCGUACGUGGCAGGAUUCUUGGCCUUCCGAGAGGUCCCUUUCCUGGCAGAAGCUGUUCAGAGACAAAAAAAAGAGCCCAAGCUCAAACCUCAGGUCCUUUUUGUAGAUGGGAAUGGCCUGCUCCAUCCCAGAGGAUUUGGUGUGGCCUGUCACCUUGGAGUCCUGACAGAUCUACCAUGCAUUGGGGUGGCCAAGAACCUCCUGCAGGUGGAUGGCUUGAUCAGGGAUGAGCUGCAUAAAGAGCAGAUUCGUUCUCUGCAGAGGGAAGGAGAUGCGUUCCCACUGACAGGCACUUCGGGGAGAGUCCUGGGCAUGGUCCUGCGUAGCAACAGCAAGAGCUCUAGGCCGCUUUAUGUCUCUGUGGGUCACAGGGUGUGUCUGGAGACAGCCGUGCGUCUAGUCAAGUCCUGCUGCAGGUACCGGAUCCCGGAGCCCAUCCGCCAGGCUGAUAUUAGAUCGAGGGAGUAUAUUCGGAAGCAGCUGUGUUCACCACUGGAGGUCAUAUCUUCUGGGCCAGAGAGCAGAAAAAAGGAAGCUGAACCAGAUGAUGAGUCUGAUGCCAGAAGAAACUGCAGAGCCCCUCUUCACUAG